AACCGGCGGGAACUAUGGCGGCUGGUGUCUCUGGUCUCGGUGGUGGCCGGCGCUUCUUCAGGGGCUUCCUCGCCGGGGCCGUCAUGGGUGCCGCUGGGGCCGGGCUCGCUGCCCGGAGGCUCCUCCGCAGCCAGGACGAAGACUCUGCUUCGAGGACCAGAAAGCCGUCAGAGCCAUCAGAAGAGACUGUCUUGGAGCGAUAUGGAUUCCCUGUGCUUGGGACCCAGCCCCGAUGCUACACAAAUCAUGCAUUGUCCUACGAUCAGGCAAAACGGGGGCCCCGCUGGGUCAUCGAGCACAUCUCCAAGAGCAAGACACAGGGCAAUGCAGACCGAAGACACUGUAAAUUCUGCCCAGACCCCAGCAUCCCGCCAGCCUUCAGUGCGGACAACGAGGACUACCUGGGGAGCGGCUGGUCGCGGGGACACAUGGCCCCGGCAGGAAAUAACAAAUUCUCAACAGAAGCCAUGCAGGAAACCUUCUACCUCUCGAACAUCGUGCCUCAGAACUUUGAUAAUAAUGCUGGCUAUUGGAACAGAAUUGAAAUGUAUUGUCGAGAGUUAACGGAGAGGUUUGAUGAUGUUUGGAUCGUCUCUGGACCCUUGACCUUACCGCAGAUGGGCGAAGACGGAAGGAAGAGAGUUACCUAUGAGGUCAUCGGCAAAGACAAUGUGGCCGUCCCGUCUCAUCUCUACAAGGUCAUCCUGGCCCGCAGGAGCCUCACCUCUACCGAACCCCUGGCAUUGGGGGCUUUUGUGGUGCCCAACGAUGCCAUUGGCUUCCGGCCCCAGCUCACAGAGUUCCAGGUGAGUAUCCGCGAUCUGGAGAAGAUGGCGGGGAUCGUGUUCUUCCCCCAUUUGGAUACAGCAAAAGACACCAGGAGCCUCUGUGAGGUGGAUACGUGCAAGCUUCUGGACUUCCAGGAGUUCACUCUGUAUCUGAGCAAAAGGAAGAUCGAGGGAGCGCGGACAGCCCACAGGCUGGAGAAGGUCAUGUCGGAGCUGAAGGAGGCCGGGGUGCAGGCGGACGAGCAUCUCCUGAGCCUCUACCGAGAGAAGCUGAGGCAGCUCGGCUCUGUGGAGCCGCCAGGAGCCCAGGAGAGGAAGUCGGGCUGACGGCCUCGGGGAGGGGCCCGUGCAGUCACCUCUGACGCUGCGCUGCUGGGCCAACGUGGCGUGACUGCUGCGAGGCUGACGGGGUUCCCGGCCUACUCCUCCAGGCCAGGCCCAGCUGAAGGUCAGAGGCCUGAGUGCUGGGCUGGCUGUUCUGCCCUCCUUUGCUUGUGUGAAGAAAGAACUUCACUGUGAGACCCACUCUGCCCCUCCAGGACUCUUUGGUGUGCCAAACUUCUGGAGCGCCCUGUGAUCAUGUGUUUUAGAAAGGCGCCCUUGGAAUCCCAUGGCAGAACCCUCCUUCCCCAGAGCCCCCACCCCAUCCCUCAUAGGCAUCUGCCUCUGCGGAUGAGCCAGGCAGCCCUCCUCCUUCCCGUUCCUGGUGUUUCUUCUUCAGGAGUGCGUCACAUCUGUCCUCAUUAGUCACCCCCAGAGGCUCCCUGCUCCCCUCUGAUGUUGGGACACCUCCAGCUGAGAGAAAGAGGAGAGGUGGUCCAUAUUGUGUUUUAGCCCACCCCUGGUUCUUCUGAAGCUUGUGGCCCAGGGUCUCCUGGCCAUUUCCAUGGGUGCCCAUGAUCCUGCAUCCUUCUGGGCCAGAGCUCUGAAGAACCUGGCUCCUUCCCUUUUAGGUUGGCCAAAGGGGCUUCAUUUCCUCAGCCAUGACCCCUCACCCUCUCAGUCUGCGAGGAAGAGCUAUGGUGGGAAACCUUCCUAAGCCAGCUAGAAAUGCCCCUGUGUUAUCUGAGCCUCUGUUUGCCUCCAAACAGGAGCUGACAGGAUUUCCCCAGUCUCCUCUGGGCAUGCAUACAUACAGCAGUGCCCUAUCUUAGAAUAUGGCUAGUUCCUACAAAAUGUUCCAUAUAGAUGGGUCCUGAAAGCUAGCUGAGAGCAAAGGCCUCCCCUCAGGCUGUGUCUGCCUGGGGCCGGUGGAGUGGGCUGGGCAGAACCUGGGCCAUGACAGGCUUAAUGCUAAUUACAGCUCACCGGUGUACAGGCCUUUGCAGUGACAUGCGCUUUGGGUCAGGGAUAGCCUCCUACGUGAUGCCAGAACAGCCUUGUGAGGGAGAAAGAUGGAGUCCUGGAGACACUCGUCCCCUGUGGGGAAGCGGCAGGUGAAUUCUACCCAUUUACAAAGCAGCUGGUGUGUGCAGGAUGGUGUGCUGUGGACUGGACAGACAAAAAGGAGCAAUGGUAGCCCUUCCCUUCAGGAGCUCCCCAUGUAAUGGGCGAGGGGAAGUUCCGCAUCCAUGUGACACCCUGAUCAAAGUGGGGAGGGUCAUUAGGUGCCGAAGAGACGCCACACGAGGGUCUGGGAGCUGGAGGACAAAGACAGGGAGAGGGAGGGGGAGAGAGGCCCCCUGUAGCUUGGAGCAGCAUCUGCCACGUCCCUUGAGCCAGACUUUUGACUUUGAGUUUGCAUGAAACCCUUUUCUGGGUUAUAAAAAUAUACAGUGAGAUACCUUGGGGCAGAACGGGGACUUGUCUAAGUGGAUCAGACCACAGGGAUGUCUUUCCGUGCAGGGCUCUGAAAGCAAUUUCUGUAGUGUUUUUAUGUGUCUCUCUUGGCUUCUGAAAACAUAGAAGCCUUAAGAUAGAAUGGGGAUAUCAUGACAAACUUGGACCUUGGUGUGUUCUGGUAAAAAGACUGUGCUAGAUCCAGGGGCAGGGAGACCCAGACCUUCCUUGUGUACAUCCCUGGCAGCUCCAGCCAGCCCGUCUAUGUCUGGCCACAGUCUGCUCUCUGCCCUCUGCUUCAUUACCCUUCCCCCGUAGCCUACCUUCCCCUGCUCUGCCUCCCUCGGGCACCCCACCUCUCUAGAUGCCCCUGUGGCCUGGGGAGACGAUCCCUUGGGGACAGGCGGAGGAUGUGGCACUGAUCCCAUCUCCAGAGUCUGGAGCUGUAUUGAGGUAAGAGUGGCAAGAUAAGGAUGCCCACCUGUCUGUCAUGAAGAAAUGGGAGCUCCUUGGAGUGCUUGGCUGAAGCAUCCUUUAUGCGCUGUGCCUCUGCCAUGAGAGGAGGGCCCUGGAAUGCACCGAAGUAUGGCUCUGCUGGGCCUGGUCAGCUCAGCCCCAGACACAGCUGACCUCCAAUGUUCCCUCCGGGGCCUGGCCUUGCAGCAGAAAUGGGCAUCAUUCUGUGGGACAGCCUGGGCGUUGUUUCCAGGCAGAUGUUCUAGGCAGGCCCUUCCUAGGAUUAGGAAAUAAUAUUGAGGGAAUUUCCCACCCCACUGAACCCCUUGACCUGAAAGAGGAAAUAAAACUCCCCAGCCUGGGAGCGUAUGCAGUCUGAGUAGUAAAUGUUUGUAGAAGCAGUGAGGGGCAAUCUGUCUAUUCAGUAAAUGUUGAUUAGACACACAUUAGGAACAGCGUUGUGCUAGGCCCAAGGCGGGGAGGUCCUGAAGUCAUAAUUAGAGGCCAAGUCCAGCCCCUCGUUUCAGAUAUCACCCACUCUCAUGAAAUUGGGGAACACAAUCUAGUUGGACAGAUUGCUCUCAUACAAAAUAAAAUUUAAGUACCCAAGAAAAAGUACAAGGUGUUAGGUGAGGUCAGAGGUCAGAAAGACUCCUGGAGAGGAGGUGUCUUGUCCCCUCAGUCUAACGGGAAGGUGGGGCUCUCCACAGACAGAUCAGUUCAGAUCUUGCUGUUUAUUGGGUGUGAAUGAGAAGCAUCCACCUGGGUACAUUUUUAUACCUACAUAAAGACUCAGUCUCAAGUAAUUUCUUUUUACGCUUUUUUUUUACAUUUCAUUUUAUUGAUUUUAACAUCAACAGUAAUUUUAAUACAUAAAGAACAGGAAAGAAGAUUGGUUAAAAA